CAUGCUUAUCCAGUUAUGCUCAAACAUUAAUACCUUUAUAGGAGUAUCUUUGUGUCUGUGUUUACAGGAGAUGAAAGGGUAAAGAAGUUAGUUUUACAUUCAUAUGCAGCAUUAAGCAACUAGAUUCUAGGAAAAGAAGGAUUCACCUCUUGUCAGAUUCACAAUGCCAGUCCCUCUUGCUCCAUAUCCUACUCCUACACCACCUGCAAAUGGUUCACAGAGUCAGCUUGUUUGCUCUGGAUGUCGAAACCUUUUGCUCUAUCCGGUAGGAGCCACCUCGGUUUGUUGUGCUGUUUGUAAUGCAGUCACAGCUGUGCCACCUCCAGGAACUGAAAUGGCUCAGUUAGUUUGCGGAGGCUGCCACACAUUACUUAUGUAUAUUCGCGGAGCAACAAGCGUACAAUGUUCUUGUUGUCACACAGUGAAUCUAGCAUUGGAAGCAAAUCAAGUAGCACAUGUGAAUUGUGGAAACUGCCGCAUGAUGUUAAUGUAUCAGUAUGGAGCACGAUCUGUAAAAUGUGCAGUCUGCAAUUUCGUAACAUCAGCAGGGGCUUCUUCUACAAGCACAGCUGAACAGAAGUUUAGCAGCUAAAUUAAGAAACACUUGUUUACUUUGGAGCUUCUACAAGUUAAAGUCAAAUGGUCCUAAUGAAACAUAUAGAGUAAAUUUUUUCCCCUCGAGCGAGUUAAAUAAU